AUGGAGACCGGUAGCGUCUUCCCGCAGCCCGGCAUGCGGCAGCCCCCCCCGACCCCCCGGCAGCAGCCCCCGGGCAGUGGGGCCGGGAAAGCUGCCGAGGACGAUGGUGGUGGCGGGAAGGGGAGCGUGGACGGCGAUGCCACGAGCGCUAACCCCUACGCGGGGCUGGUGAGCAGCCUGCGGGCAGCCUGGCUCUCGGGGAAGACGCGGCCCAUGGAGUACCGCGUGGCCCAGCUGGAGGCCCUGGGUCGCUUCUUGGACGAGAAGAAGCAGGACAUCCUGGAGGCCACCGCCUCGGACAUGGGCAAGCCGCCCUUCGAAGCCGAACUCUCCGAGAUCCUCCUCUGCAAGAACGAGCUUCACGAGACGCUGAACAACCUGUCCGACUGGGUGAAGGACGAGCACGUGGACAGGAAUCUGGUGACCCGGCUGGACUCCGCUUUCAUCCACAAGGACCCGUACGGGGUGGUGCUCAUCAUCACGCCCUGGAACUACCCCAUCCACAUCCUCCUGGUGCCCCUCAUCGGGGCCGUCGCUGCCGGUAACUGUGUCAUCGUCAAACCCUCGGAGGUGGCCAAGAACACUGAGAGACUCGUGGCUGAAGUGCUGCCCAGCUACCUGGACAAUGUAAGAAGCUCUCCCUGUCCUUGUCUCAUGGCUGGGGUGUUCCCACCCCCUGCACGCACCGAGCUCAUGGUGGGAUCCUCACCGUGAUGCAUCUUCUCCUGGCCCUCAGGCAGCACCUCCGUGGGGAAGAUCGUGAUGGCAGCCGCUGCCAAGCACCUGACGCCCGUGAUGCUGGAGCUGGGGGGCAAGAACCCCUGCUACGUGUCCGACACCUGCGACGUGCAGAACGUGGCCCGGCGUGGGGCCUGGGGCCGCUUCUUCAACGCGGGGCAGACCUGCAUCGCGCCCGACUACGUGCUGUGCAGAUGCAGAGAGCUGCUGCCCGCUCUGCAUAAGGCGAUCACUGAUUUUUAUGGCCCCAACCCUCAGGAGUCCCCCGACUUCGGCCGCAUCGUGGGGGACAAGCACUUCCAGCGGGUGCAGACGCUGCUGCGCAGCGGGCGCGUGGUCAUCGGAGGACAGACGGACGAGGAGGAGCGCUACAUCGCUCCCACAGUGCUGGUGGACUUGCAGCCCUCUGAUCCUAUCAUGCAGGAGGAGAUCUUCGGCCCCAUCUUGCCCAUUGUCAUUGUGGCGAACGUGGAUGAAGCCAUUGACUUUAUCAACAGCCGCGAGCGGCCGCUGGUUGUGUAUGCCUUCUCCUCCGAUGACAAGGUGGUGAACCAGGUCCUGGAGCGGACGAGCAGCGGUGGCUUCUGCGGCAACGACACCCUGAUGCACGUGACGUUGACCUCGCUGCCCUUCGGUGGGAUCGGAAACAGCGGCCUGGGGAUGUACCACGGCAGGUUCACCUUCGACACCUUCACCCACCACCGCAGCUGCCUGCGCCGCAGCAUGGGCCGGGAGGCCCUCAACACCCUGCGCUACCCGCCCUACAGCCAGCAGAAGCUGGGGAUCGUCCGGGCCGCCUCCGAGGUGAAGCGCAAGGGCGCCUGCACCCUGCUCUGA